UCCCCCCCCCUCCGUUCAUUUACAUUUAAUUGGUUCAGACUCGGUUGUCUCCAACGUUUUUACUUAUUUUGUUUUAUUUCAUUUUUCAGUUUUUACAUUAUUAUUUUUUAGAUAUAUUUUUCAGAAUAAUUUUAUAAAAAAAAUGUCAAUUUUGGAUAAAAUAAAGGAUAUUGAGGAUGAGAUGGCUAGAACUCAAAGAAACAAGGCUACAAUGGGCCAUCUUGGUUUGUUAAAAGCUCGGCUUGCUAAAUUACGGAGGGAAUUAAUUAGUCCGAAAGGUGGUGGCGGAGGUGGUGCUGGUGAAGGAUUUGAUGUUGCCAAGACAGGCGAUUCGCGAAUUGGUUUUGUUGGUUGGUUAAUUUUUUUAAAAUUUAGAAAUUUUGGCAGUAUACGGAAUGAAUGCUUUUUCGUUUUAUCCUAA